GAAGGCGCCGACGAGGCCGACUAAGGGCGAAUUCACACCUUGGCAGAAAAGUCCGAAACAGAAAGGUAGAAGCCAAUUAUAACUCGUGUCGGUGAUUAGGUGGUAGUUUUUGUUUUUCUACCAACGCAAGUUUAAGUUUGUUUUGGACUUUUCUGUCAAGGUGUAAAUUCGCUCUUACUCGGCCUCGUCGGCUUCUAUCUUUGUUUUCGGCUUUUUUGCCAAAGUAUGAAUUUGCUUAAUAUAUAUUUAUAACAAUACAGUAUAACGGAUACCGGAGAAAUACACGAAUUAUUGAACAUAUAUUAACAUGUAUUAAUAUUUAUCAAUAUUUUGCAGAAGUAGGAGGUUAUGUUUUCACUCUAUGAUAUUCACGCACGCACAAAUCGGACUAUUUAAUAAAUGGUCGUUCAGGAAAUAUAUUUUUGUUCAGUGAGCGUUCGUUCAACGGUUGAGUAAUUAGUGGUGUUUCUUGAACGCAUCGUAGACGUCGAAGGAAGAUAGAAUGAUGUUUUUAGUACGAAAGUGUGCAAAACGAACUUAGUCAUUAUAGAUCAAAUUUUAAUAGUGCUAACAAAUGGUUAAAAGGAUCAAAGACGCAAGUCUGCAACCGAAAAAAAGAGAAAUAAUGCUAACAGCAAGUUUCUCGAACGCACUCAUGACAGCAACAGAUAACCGCGCCAUUCAUCCGCGCGAGUCGACGGCAUGUUGUGGAAACAUCGGUGGCUCUAACAAAACAAACGUGUCUGUUUAAUCACCUUCCAGCUCUAUGGAGGAGAAUGGUGGAAAGAGAAUGAGGGGCAGUAGGACGCGUGGCAGAGCUCGUGGACGUGCUCGAGGUCGGGCCAGAGGAAGAUCUAAAAAGCAAGUCAAGGUUAUUGAGAGCGACGAUGAAGACACCACGCAGCAAACGGAAGAAACCACUAUGGAGACUGCUCCUGUUGAGCCAGAGGAACAAGAAGUAUCUGUGACUCAGCCACCUUCGAUUGAACAGCAAUUCGAUCUGGAGGCUGAUAUAUCGCAGUUGGAAGCGCCAACUUUUACGACUAUUAACCGAGGACCGCCGGAGCCGAUGCUCCGUCUGCGAUGGGACCACCGAGUUAAUCUCAUUGGAGAGAAAGUAUUGAAUCCUAUGAUACAUUGCUGCGACAAGUGUUCGAAACCUAUUCUCAUCUAUGGCCGCAUGAUACCCUGUAAACAUGUAUUCUGCCUUUCUUGCGCCAAGCGAGAGGACAAAGUUUGUCCUCGCUGUAUGGAGAAGGUAUCUCGAGUGGAGCAGACGGGCUUGGGUACUGUUUUUAUGUGUACACAUGGCGGAACGAGAUAUGGGAACACGGGAUGCAGAAGAACGUAUCUAAGUCAACGGGACUUGCAGGCUCAUAUCAAUCAUCGUCAUAUAUCAGCGCCUCCGCAGCAAGUGCAGAGCAUGCAGGUGGACCCACCUCAGUAUGUGCAUGCCAAAUCGGAAAUGGACGCACAGUUGACGAAGGUGUCCGCCGUGCCAAUGCAGAACGCACGUCUUAAGUCUGUGCAGGCGCAUAUGGUGCCGCCGAUUAUGGGGAAUGACCCGCGAGUAAACUCACUGGUGAAUCAGCAGCCAUUGGAGCAGCACAGGCAACAGCAUAGCAGACAACAACAGUCUAUGAUGUCGAUGCAGUCGGGUUACGCGCAGAAUGCCGCGCCGCCGCCUCCGACUAACGCCCCUAUGCGUACUAAUCUCAUUACCGUGCCUAUCCAGGAUACGUCUUCGUUGGCGACGCACGACCUUCAUGCGCAACAAAGUCAUCAUUAUUACCAACCGCCACCGCCGCCACCGCAAGUCAAUUAUGGUGGCUACAAUGUGCCGCCACCAGUGCAGUCACAGACUCAGCAAUAUUACCCGCAACCACAGCAUCCGACUCAGGUGUCUUACGUGCCGCCGCCACCGCCACCGCAGCAACAACAGUAUGUAUCGUCGGCACCGGCUUCUAUAAGACCGUCGCCGAGCGGCUACAUACAAGAACCUCAGUACGGUCCGCCACCUUCGCAGCAGCAACCUCCGCCGCCACCGCCGCAAGCUCAAUGGUCGCAGCAUCAGCAGCAGUUUUAUAGGUAAAAAGAGAGAGAGAGUGAGAGAGAAAAAGAGAAAGAAAGAAAAAGAAGACGAGAAAGGACUGCCUCUGUGAAUCGACAUUGUAUUGUGCGAUGUAACGGUAUGACGUGAAUAUCGAACAACUACAAUUUAUGUAAAUGACAAAUAGUAUUUACAUAUACAUAUGUAUUUAAUAAGGACCCGUUACUCUCGCUAUUUCUGUCAGUGAGAUUUGGGCUUGAGAUUUUGUACUUUUUUGGAUGCAACACUUACGGUUGGAAAUGAUCGAAUUUACACAAGACGCAUUGCUAAUAAUAAGAGACGUUUUUAUUACAUAACAAAAGUGAUUUACUUCUUGUCGUCCAUCCCUCGAUUUUUUCGAUAUUCCAUUUUAUCAUUGUGUUCAUUGAGAAUAUUGAUAUAGCAUUGUACCAUUUUAAAGACUGUUGUCCAAUUAAGAUAGACGCAUUAAUUAUCUCUGUAUGACAUUAUGAAAGUAAAAGGAUUGUCUCUUGAUAAAAGAUGUACGAAUUUUUUAAAGUGUUUUAACACUCGAAGUAUUUCUACAAUUUAUUGAAAAGUUUGAAAAUAUUGCCAUUUGUACCUUUCUUUCUUUUUUUUUUUUUUUUUUUAACAAAACGGAGCAUGGUGAUAAUGAAAUUAAUGGCAGAAAUUUGUCAGUAGAAUUUAAUAUUAUACAGAUUGUAACGGCUGUAACUUAUGUACAAAACUAAUGAUAUAUAACAUGUACAUAUAUAUAUACAUAUAUAUAUAUAUAUAUGUUAUUAUUACAUUAUAGAUUCUUAAAACAUACCUCCUCUGAAUUCAACAAAUAUUCGAUCAUUCACACUACUAACUUUGGCUUUUCUCUUUUCGUAGCGUGCGCAGUAAUAAAUAUUAACGAAUUAAAUGUUAUAUAACAAAAGUGUUUAAAAGAUUUGUUAAUAACGCUACGUAAGCGGAAGGCCAAAGUUACUCAACACACACACACAUAUAUUUCGAGAAUUUUAUUACGUCAUACAUAAAAAUAGUAUCAAUUUUUUCCAUUUUAUCCCAUCAUAUACAUAUCGCUAUAUAUAACCACACUGUUCAUUUUUUUAUAAUAUCUUUGUUCCCUUUACGUUUUACAUCAAUCUUUAUUAUAUUUACAAACUUGUCUGUGUAAUUGUGGAGUUUUAUGUACAGUACACCUUACUAUUCGUUAUUAUUAUUAUUAGUCAAACUAUGUUCCAUAUACUCCCAUUUAUGUUUAUGUAUGAAUGUAUAUUUAUAAAUGAAAAAGAAAUGUGCUAUGCACUUCAUAACAUUAAA